CAUACUCUAGUACACCACACUAAAAAAGAAAGAGAAGAAAAAUAACAAUGGGGAACCAUAAUCUUCACUUGCUAAUAGUAUUCUUAUCUCUCCAAUGUUUUCUUGUUCACAACACCAUGGCUAAAUCAGCCAUGACCUCAAAUCCAGCUGCCAUUAAAUUCAUCAAAGUUUCAUGUAAAGCCACACUUUACCCUGUUUUAUGUGUCCAAUGCCUCUCUGCUUUCGCCAACACUGUUAAACAGAGCGAGAAGCAACUAGCUCAUGCUGCUUUAUCAGUUAGUUUAAGCAAAGCAAAAUCCACUAUCAUAUUCGUAUCGAAGUUAAAUAAAAUGAGAGGUCUAAAGCCAAUAGAAAAACAAGCAGUCAAGGACUGUAUGGAUACUAUGAGUGAUAGUAUCGAUCAGAUAAACAAAUCAAUUCCGGAACUUGGACAUACUGGUCAAUUUUCAAAUGGACAGGAUUUCAUGUGGCAUGUUAGUAAUGUACAGACUUGGGUAAGUGCUGCACUUACUGAUGAAAGCACUUGUCUUGAUGGAUUUUCAGGGCCUGGUAUGAAUGUAAAUGUGAAAGCUGCUUUAAGAUUAAGAAUACUUCAUGUUGCACAAGUUACUAGUAAUGCACUUGCUUUGGUUAAUCGAUUUGCGGAUCGACACCGGCCUAGUCCUUAAUGUGACUGAGGCAAGGAGCGUGAAUUUGAAUUAGUCGAGUCAAUGAGGUUACAUGUUUUGAUGUGUAAAGGUUACGUUUUUUUUUUUUUUGGAAUUUUCAUAAGCAUGAAAUUGGGGCUUUGUGUCUAAGUGGUAAAAUUAUAUAUAUUUACUGUUGGAGCAAGGUUUGUGUGAAAAAGUUUUCAAUUUUGUAGCUGCAAUGAAGACAAUGCAGCUUAGUUUGUUGUUCUCUAUAUGUAAAUGUAAUAAUAAAUAAUCUUCUUGCUUGUA